CCAACAAACUUGCUCCAAGCACACAGCCUAGUUUGUUAGCUAUAUUUGCUUGUUAAUGCUUUUGCUAACAAACAAAUUUAUUUCUAAAAUUAUGGCUUCAUCUUCUUCUGCCAUGGUGUGCUUAGCCAUGGCUUACCUUCUUGUGGCUUCUUUUGGGAGCUCAAAUGCCCAACUAACCACAAACUUUUACUCUAACUCUUGUCCCAAUCUCUUUUCCACCGUGAAAGCCGUUGUACAAUCUGCUAUCAAUAAAGAGGCUAGAAUGGGAGCUUCUCUUCUUCGUUUGUUCUUCCAUGACUGUUUUGUUAAUGGAUGUGAUGGAUCAAUUCUACUAGAUGAUACCUCAAGUUUCACCGGUGAGAAGACUGCAGUACCUAAUAAUGGCUCAGUUAGAGGUUUUGAAGUGAUCGACCAAAUAAAGUCCGCAGUUGAGAAUGUUUGCCCUAGCAUGGUCUCAUGUGCUGACAUCUUGGCAAUUACUGCUAGAGAUUCUGUUGUCAUUGUGAGUAAAAUUUAAGAUGAACAUGUAUUGAUAUUACUUCUGUGAUUAGAUAAUUUCAUUAGUCUAAGAUUAAGUAUAUUUCCAUUGA